AUGGACAUUAAUCAUUCAGCCCUUCACUUUAAUUAUUCAGUCAUUGGUGACGCAAAUCAUACCAUCACUAGAAGGAUUAGUUUCCCAAAAGUAGACUUAUCAACAGAAGAAGCACAAGAUUCAAAAAAAAAAAUGGCCAGAGGAAAUCAAAGAGACUUGGCUAGAGCUAAGAAUUUAAAAAAACAGGAAGCAUCCAAGGGUCAAAAACAAGGUGAUAAAACUAAAAGAAUGGAAAGUGAUGCUGAUAAAAUGAGAGCUAAACAAGCUGCUGCAGAUGCAAAGAAAGCUGAAGAAGCUCAACAACCAAAGAAAUGA